UAUUCAUAGAACUACAACAAACAUAGGUGCAAGUUUUUCAUGGGGGUUAACAUGGCCAAAUUUGAAAAAAUGUUGGUAGCUUUUUUUAUCUGUGCAUUUGUAUCCAACGUAAUCCAGGUGAAUGCAGACUUUUCAAAGAGCAUGUACCUCACCUGGGGUGUCCAACAUUCUUCAAUUAUUGGUGAAGAUCUUCACCUUGUGUUGGAUAAAACCUCGGGAUCAGCUGCUCGCUCGAAGAGAUCUUUCUUAUUUGGAAGUAUUGAAAUGUUAAUCAAGCUGAUACCAGGAAAUUCUGCAGGAACAGUCACAGCGUACUAUCUAUCUUCCGCGGGAAGCCAUCAUGAUGAGAUAGACUUUGAGUUCUUAGGUAACAGUUCAGGACAACCCUACACAGUCAACACUAACAUUUAUACACAAGGAAAAGGAAGCAGAGAGCAACAAUUUCACCUCUGGUUUGACCCAAGUGCUGGUUUUCACAAUUACACCAUUCACUGGAAUCCCACAGAAAUUGUGUGGUAUGUCGAUAGCAUACCAAUUCGGGUUUUCCGGAACUACGAAAACGAAGGCAUUGACUAUCCAAACAAGCAAGGAAUGAGGGUUUAUACCAGCCUAUGGAACGCAGAUAACUGGGCAACAAGAGGCGGUCUAGUGAAAACCGAUUGGAGCAACGCACCAUUCAAGGUAGGGUUUCAUCAUUUCAGAGCAAGGGCUUGCAAGUGGAAUGGAGCAGUUAGUAUUAAUCAAUGUGCCUCCAAUGUCAAAGCAAAUUGGUGGAAAUCUUCCAUCUACAAACAACUGAGUUAUGGCCAGAUAAAGCUAUUGAACUUGGUGAGGAAGAAUUUUAUGGUCUAUGACUAUUGCAAAGACUACAAACGAUUCAACGGACACAUCCCUCACGAAUGCUUCAAAAUACAAUCCUAAUUCCUAAUUCUAUUCUAAAGAUUUGCCAUGAAUAAUCAACCAUAUGUGUUCAA